AUGUUUCUGGACUAUUCUGGAUAUGAAGCCCUUACUGAAAUUAAUUCUUCCUUUGGGAAAUAUAUUUUGCUUUUACAGCAAUUUGAAGGUUGUUGGGCGUUGAAAGGCCGGCUCCAAAUGCUCAAGGAUCUCGGAAAAGAAUUCAAAGUAUUCGAGAAGUUAAAUGUGGAGCAUUUCAAGAAAUCUAACGACAUGGUUCAUAGAUUCUACACUAUGGUAAUCUCUCUGAAACAAAUUAUGGAGAUCGGGCCAUUAAUCAGGCGUAGCCCUGCUGUAUUAAUUGUGGAAUUUGAAUGUCCAGUAGAAGACUGCCUGGAUGAGUUGGACCCGCUGCAUCCGCUCAAUAAGGCCUACAUAUUCAUUUAUAAGCAAUGGACCUAUUACCAUCAAUACUACAUAGUUGAGAAAAUAAAGAAAUUGAUUCUAAAAAUGGCUCCGGUAAGGGAAGAUGAUUGGAGUGUCCUCCAUAAGGUUGUUUAUUGUGAUGGAUUCGCAGAAAGACGAUAUAAAAAGAAGAAAUACGUGGGUGAUGUUUAUAUUCCGCAACCGCUACUAAAAAGCAGUAGAAUCACCACUAUUUCCAGAUUUUCUCAACUUACUAAAAUUGUCAAAGUCAGGGUCUACAGAUUCAACACUACAGCACUCUGUGAUCCAGGAAAUUUGAGCAAAAAUAAUCUUCAAGUUCAAGAACUUAAAGAUAAAGACCUCCCAAAUCUUAUCUGGACUCUGGAACCUGAAAAAUUCUAUGUUGAUAUGAAACCCUACAGGAAAUACCUGGAAGGAAAGAAAGAAAGAGAAGAAACAGAGCUCAGGUUACAAGCUGAAAUACAGAAGAGAAAAAUUCAGGAGGAAAGCAAUGAGAGAGACAGUAAUGAGGUCAAUGUACCUCCAGGAUUGAAAAACAUCAUGAAAACCCCUCUUGCCAAUAGCGUUGUUAAUAUUUUUAAUAAUUACACCGCUGUCGUAACAGGUAUUGCAACAGUAGUAAGUGGAAAAAAUGAAGGCAUUUUACAAAAAGAUGGUGAUAUAUCAGAAACUACAAACAGUGAGUUGGUCCAACAGUCUAGAAGCCAAACUCAAAUUGAUUCAGAUACACCAAUAAACAGUGCAUAUUUUCGGCCAGGAUUCCAGGAUAACCAUGAACAUAACACUUCAUGGAAUACAACCAUGCGAGAUAUAGAUCCAGUCAAUAUGAAUGAACAAUGUGCCAGAGUUUGGAGAAAAGAGCAGCAAAUGCUGGGAUUGGAAAAGUCUAGAUUCUUUCGAAGAAAACUCCAAGAAGAUGGGACGGUAGUGAGAAAGAAACAGUCCAAGAAACAAGGAAAUAGUUCCGAAGGACGCAUAGAACUCCAGAACGUCAUUGUUGGAACGAAAAUAGCAUCUACUGCCGGUAACAAUAACAACUUGGGCAAAAAAUGCAAUAAAAAAGAAACUCAUGGCCUGGUCAGACAAUACCUUAAGGUUAAACUCAACAUUUUAUCUCCUGAAAACAGCAUUCAACAAGAAAAGGACAAUAAAAAAUACGUUGACGUAAUAAAAUAUAAUAUGAGCAAUAUUAGGAAGAUCAAUAACAUGUCCAAAAGGAAUGGAGAAACUGCACCCACCAACUUGACAGAUAUCCGCUUCAAAGAUGUUAUGACUGUAAAGUUUAGGGGGUUGAAGGCCAAAUUUAGAAGGUUCAAAAUAAAUACUUGA